AAGAUUGUCUUCGAAAGACGAAAGACACGGGAAACACUACGUGAAAGAACAGGCAAUUUCUAAAGGCGAGAAUCAAUUAUCGCCGACAAGUUCCAAUUAUAGCAAAAGUGAGACCGACAAUGCGCUCGUUUUAACAUUCAAUUGAAUUCGAAAACUUGAUUAUUUUCUCGAGAAGUGCGAUUUCUCCGAACAGUUACACGGAAGGAAAAACGGAAGUUUUCAUCGAUAAAAUAGAAGAGAGAUCACGUCGGCGAACGCAAAAGCCCGACUGUAAUUCUCGACUGUAAAAUACGAUAUCAGUCGCAAAUUACACGAUAUAUUUUAAACGUUCAAGUUUGUUUUUAGAUUAUCAUCAAAAAUAUCGAAUUACAUCGACGGCGUCGCGAUAAUACUCGAAACGUCAAUUGAAUCGUUCGUCGAACAGACAAAGAUGAGACCGCGCUUGGUGUGAAACGGAUUUUCCAACGCGUCGAUUGUCGUAAGCGUGUUGCAACUCUCACAAUCGGCGCCGAUUGUCUAAGUUUUCGCGUCUGAAAAUAUAUAAUCGCCUCAAAACCGCGCGAUUAUGUAUCCUUCGAAGAACUACGCGGACAUUUUUCGUCAGUUCAACAUGACCGACGACGAUUACGACAUUGAUUUCGAUUACUUCUUGAGCAAGUUUAAUCUGACGUUUCGCAACAAAGACAGAUUCGAGAACGCGCGAAAUGGCGUUCCGAUUAUUUCCGAAAACGGAAGCGACAACAACGGCAGCAAAGCAACGGAGCGAUCGUGCUACUGCGAGCCCGUGAUGCGUUAUUUCGCGAUGGAGUACAGCAAAAAUUAUCACGGUUACGCGUCGUUGAUCGUUUGCUCGUUCGGCACGUUAACAAACAUACUCAAUAUAAUCGUGCUCACGAGAAAAGACACGAAAUCUGUGCCCAUAAAUCGAAUUCUCACGGGAAUGGCCACGGCUGACGUGCUGGUCAUGUUGGAAUACAUUCCAUUCGUGAUUUACAAAUACUUCGUUCUACCGAAACGUCGAAUAUUUCCGUACGGAUUGGCCGUGUUCGUGCUCUUCCAUAUGCAUUUCACGCAAUUGUUUCACACAAUCAGCAUCGCCCUCACGCUCACUCUCGCCGUUUGGAGAUACAUAGCCAUCAGGUUCCCGCAGCACAGUCACAUCUGGUGCACCGGGCGACGCUGCACGAUCGCUCUUUCUUGGAGCUUAAUCGCCCCGGUUUUUGUCUGCGCUCCUAGCUAUUUCGUAUUCGGAAUAAAUUCGCAAACGAUUCACGAGAACGGCACCAAGGAGAUACUCUAUCACGUAGACACUAAAUAUCCCGAGGAGGUGGGUUUUAUGUAUCAAUUGAAUUUCUGGUUACUGGGUGUAAUUAAGUUUCUGCCGUGCGUUCUUCUCGCGAUGAUUACUUCCUGGCUGGUAAACGCUCUCCACAGAGCGCAAGAUAGAAAAUAUACGUUGAAGAUCUACGGUCACUGUGAUCUAAAGACAUCGAAACCGACAACAGCUCUGUCCGGUUUCGAGAAUAACGAGGGAUGGCCCGACGGGGAAAAGGACGAGCAUCUCAGGAGAGCGAGCCGAUCCGAUAAACGAACGGACAGAACAACGAGAAUGCUCAUCGCGGUGUUAAUACUGUUUCUCGUAACCGAAAUUCCUCAAGGGAUUUUGGGUUUGCUCUCGGCGUAUGUAGGCGAUUGUUUCUUCCGUAAUUGUUAUCACAAAUUUGGCGAGCUAAUGGAUAUCUUGGCUCUGUUAAAUAGCAGCAUCAACUUCAUUCUGUAUUGUUCGAUGUCGCGGCAAUUUCGCAUGAUUUUCGGCCAAUUGUUCAAACCCAGAAUUAUGAAUUGGCCGACGCUAAAUCAACAUCAAACCGAUGUACAAAGCACAUAUGUUUAAUGAAAAUUUGCAUUUUCCACGCAACGUUUCCGUUUCUGGAAAUUGGAUUUCGAAACACUGAAUCUGACCGUGUAUAAUAUAUAAGCAAAUAAUAAUAAAUAAUAAAUUAAAUACCAAUACAUUAAUAUUUAAAUAUUAACAAAUACUAUAAUUAGAACAAAAAAUAGAAAGUAUAUAAUUAGCGUGAAUGUGAUGUUGAAGUUAGUAAAAAAUACAUAGAGUCUCUCUCUCUCUCAUCUCUCUCUUUCUCUCUCCUUCCCUCAUUUGAAUUGAAGAAGAGUUAAAAAAAAAAAAAAAACCGAGUCAAUGUAUCAACGUGCAUGUAUUUUUCCUCUUAUAACGUCGUUAAUAACAACGUUACUAUAAUAAUAAACUUAAGAUAUCUACAUGUGUAGGUGUGCAAACUUAAUGAGCACACACAAGUUCAAUCUGGCGCGGAUAACACGCGCAUGUCCCUGGGAAGUUAAUUUCCAUGCGUUUAAUAUUGCAAUUUUCCGUCGCUAUAUAUAUUUCACAUGUAUAUCUUCAAAACUUUGUAAAUAUUAGCGAAUAA